AUGAGCAAGAAAGUUUGGGAUUUGUUAUGUGAUGGAGCUGUCGUUUAUGUGGCUGGCUCGUCGACAGAAAUGCCAUCUGAUGUAAUGUCGGCUUUAGGGGAGAUUGUGUCAGAAGAGACGGGAGGAUCAAAGGAGGUUGCUUCACGGCGGCUCAAGGCUUUGGAGAAGGCACAGAGGUACAAUGUUGAAGCUUGGUCUUAA